AUGACAGUUAUUUCCCGAGGACGGAACAACAAUCCCAACCACUUUAACUUCAUCAAAGAUGUAAUGGACUACUGGAGUCAAGAGGGUGGAGACCCUAUUGCAAUGGUGUGGAAUCCGCCAGGGAGUACUAAGCCAGAUGAGAUACUCCAGUUGCGCUUCAGUCAUUUCUCUCAGCGCGCACGAGAUGUAGCUGCAGGGCUACGGAGUCAUGGUAUACAGAAAGGCGAUGUGUUGCUGUUACUAUCAUCCAAAACACCGGCCUGGUAUGAAAUAUUCUGUGGGGCCAUACUCGCUGGUGUGGUAAUAUGCCCUUGCCCCUCGCUGCUUGUAUCAUCUGAAAUCGAGCUUAGAGCUCGAAAAGCAAACGCAUCCGUCCUUAUUGGAGAGGACAAACAGGUGCAUGAAUUUCUUCGUCUUCGAGACCAGCAGGAUAAUCCGACUGUGCACACUGUCAUCCGGAUCAAUAAUGCCACUGAUCGCGAGGAAUGUAGUCCAGGAGCGCUGUCCUAUGAAACGCUGUUAAAAUCUACGGCGCAUGAACAUGGCACACACACUUUCGAUACCGAGUCUGAUGACCCCUGCCUGAUGUAUUUCACCUCUGGGACAACGGGGGAAUCCAAGAUAGUGCUGCAUACCCAUGUCUCCUACCCAUACGCCCAUACCACUACUGGUAAGCUCUGGCUGAAUCUCUGCCCAAGCCAACUGCUCUGGAACAUGUCUGAACAAGGUUGGGCAAAGGCAACAUGGGCAUUGUUUGGCGCUUGGAGUCAGGGAGCGGCUCUGUUCAUCGAUGCAUACCCCGGGUUGUUUGAUCCCGAGCGAGUAAUACUGAACCUUAGUCAACACCCCAUCACCACUUUCUGCGCCGCUCCAACAAUAUAUCGUCAACUGGUUAGUGGGGAAAGUAAGCGCGUAUUUGCAGCCCAUGAGCCAUUGGCCCUAGAACAUUGCGUCAGUGCAGGGGAAAGCCUUGCGCCGCAUGUAAUUAGGGAGUGGUACGAUAUGACCGAUGGACUUAUGAUAUACGACGGUUUCGGGCAGAGCGAGACGUCCAUUCUUUGUGGGAAUUACUCCACUAUCCAGUUCAGACAAGGCUCAAUGGGAAAACCAUUUCCUGGGGUACCUCUGUACAUUUUGAACGAGAAACGACAGGUGGCGCAUCCAUUUGAAGAGGGCGAUAUUGCCAUUCGGGUUCCAAAGCUUACAGACCCUUCCACCUUCCUGGGCCUGUUCAAGGGGUAUCUUCAAGGAGAUGGCUCAGUAGUUAGACCAACUGUCAGAGAUGCAGAGGGCCAAGACUGGUAUCUCACUGGAGACCGGGCACAUCGUGACGACGAGGGUUACUUUUGGUACAAGGGACGAGGUGAUGACAUUAUAAUUUCGGCGGGCCAUCGGAUCAGCCCAGUGGAUGUCGAGUCGGUGCUGCAGGCCCAUCCUGCUAUUUUGGAAUCGGCUGUCAUUGCAACGCCAGACGACGAUCGGGGGGCCACUAUCAAAGCAUUCGUCGUCCUUCAGGAAGAAAAUACAACACUACCAGCAGCACAGCUCAAGCAGGCGAUCCGGGAACACUUCCUGCAGCGGAGCACCGUCCACAACUGUCCUCACCAGAUCGAGUUUGUGGAUCGUGCUUUUCUUCCGAAAACGGUGAGUGGCAAAAUCAUGCGGAAGCAACUGCGUUUGUUGGAAGUUCAAUGA